CUUGACUCCUUCAUUCAAGUGACAGCAGAACUCGCAGGGGAUAUUUGAGGCUCCAUCCCUCCCCGAUUCUCAUCAUUCCCAGUAUUUGGUGGGCAGCUCGAGUUGCACUCACGCUGAAGGGGGCUGGCCAGUGCUACAAGUACAGGCUGAUCUGUCAGCCUCUCGGUAUUACAGCCCUAAGUGUGAGAACGGGACCAUGUGCGCACAACUUCUCCACACACUAGUCACUCUGGGACUCCUACUCGCCAGCAUUGAUGUCGUGUUCGGGACAGAAGCCACAGACCUGCCUGAGAGCAACCAGGACAGAGCAGACAAACUGGCCAAUCAGAAAGGGAGGCUCUCCCUGCAGAACACAGCUGAGAUUCAACACUGCCUAGUAAGCGCUGGAGACGUGGGAUGCGGAGUCUUUGAAUGCUUUGAGAACAACUCGUGUGAGAUCCGCGGCCUUCAUGAAAUCUGCAUGACCUUUCUGCAUAACGCUGGCCGAUUUGAUGCUCAGGGGAAAUCAUUUAUCAAGGAUGCACUGAAAUGCAAAGCUCAUGGACUGAGACACAAAUUCAGUUGCAUUAGUCGCAAGUGCCCAGCUAUUAAGGAGAUGGUGUACCAGCUCCAGAAGGAAUGCUACGCCAAGCACGACCUCUGCUCUGCUGCCAAGGAUAACGUUCAAGUGAUUGUGGAGAUGAUUCACUUCAAAGACCUCCUGUUACAUGAGCCCUAUGUUGAUCUGGUAAACAUUUUACUUACUUGUGGGGAUGAGGUGAAAGAUGCAAUCACUCGCAGUGUACAAGCUCAGUGUGCACAGAACUGGGGAAGCCUUUGUUACAUUCUAAGCUUCUGCACAUCUGCUAUGCAAGGCGAUGGUACAACUGGGUCUAGUGCUCUUCCUGCAAAAAAGCAGGGGGACCCAGUCAAAGGAGACACAGGUAAAACCAUUCGCAGUCAGAGUGACUCUUCUUCGCAGUCUGACUUGGAACGAGAAAGUGCUAAAUCCAACAAAAAUGAGAAAAACAACAAAGUGCAGUCAAACAUACGCGGAAAACCUGUUAGCAACAAAAUAGCAUUUAGUGCUACAGAAAGUUCUGAAAAACUGGUUGGUUCAGCAGACAUCCGAAGGUGAAAAGGUGUCUCUACCAACAUUCUCUAACAUCCUUCCAUUGAGAAGCCUAUCAUACCAUUUCUGUGGACAUUCCAAGGCAUUUACCAUAAAGAGGGCAAUUCUUUGCCUGAAGUGCAUUCUCAGAUUCAGUUGCUUAAUCUCAAGCUCCUAAGGAGAGGACAGAGCACCAUACAUCCAACAUCAUCUAAGAACCCAUUCAGGCCAUUUCAUUGAUAUACAUUGCUGGCAUGAGAUAGUAAUUGAACAGAUCGGUUUUCAAAUCAAACUGAUAUUAUGAUGUACUUAUGUGGUGAUUAACUGCUUGAACACAAGCAAACCUAAAUGUUGAGUUAAAGCUAAAUUGAUGCUGAGUAAUGUCAGACAAUGUUAUACUCUAUAAAUACUUUAAUUGGUAUAAUAAGCUACCACUCCAUUCCAUUAGAACUUCAAUUGUACUGUAAGCCUCUGAAGUUUUACAUACAAGAAGAGGAAGGUUACAUAUUUAUGCAAGUUAGAUGGCAUUUUCUAAAUACAGGUGUUUAGUAUCAAUUUUCAACAUAUUUAUAUAGCAAUUGACCUUACUCCAUAUACUCCAACUCUGGGCUAAGCCCCCAAUCCCCCCUCGGUGUCCUCUAUAGCAGUAAGUUGUACUUUAUAUACAGUGUGUAAAUAUAUAUAUAUAUUUACACCUUUUCUAAAUGUCAUCAGGCUAGCCACAUGAUGUAGAAAAACAAACACUCUUGCGCAUAAAUAUAAUGGCCAGCCCAAGUUAAUUUAAUUUUUUAAGAUAAAAACUACUCACAAGCAUGUAGAAAUAAAUAUGCUUAAGCAGGCCAC